AUGACCAUCACCAUCAACACUUGCUAACUUACAACAAAGAAAACCACUUGAAUUAAUCUCGGAAACGAUGGACAUCACACUUGGAAGAAAGCUCGAUAAUCCCCAAAGACUAUCCUCUUCAGCCGAUGCCAAGAAACAUCCAUACUCGGAUUCAGAGAUCGCCAAGUUGCUUUUGCUCGAGUCUCAAUCUUACCAACAGUCUACUACUUACAAUCGACUCGACAAUUCUAUCUUGACAGGAAACGGAUUGAAAACAAACAAAAGGUUCCUCAAGUCGGUGAUUCGAAACGUGAAUGACCACAACCGACAACUAGAAAGGAGGCCCGAACGGACACUGACUCCUGCACGAGAGGACGAAGAACGAUACCCAACACGCCCCAAGACGGAUAGUCACAGCAGUCGCAGUAGAGCGUCGAGGAUCCCAGACCCCUCAGACACUCACUCUCGAAGUUCACAAAGAUCGCAUCAUCCUGAAUCCAGAGCUGCUCGAAACGACGAUAACGAUAAUGAUGACUACUUCUGCGUCGGCGGUGGGACUGCGACUUCCAGACGUAGCCAGACUCUUGCAAGUUCGGGUCGAGAUAAAUGCAAACGAUCUGGUUCCAUUGUCGAUGAUGGUGAAGAAAAAGAUUAUAGAUGCAAAGAGAAGCAGAAAGGCAAAGAACGCGGUCGAGAGAGAGAUUCUGAUAGGACUCAUUCAUCAAGUCUCAGAGAUUCGACUACUCGAAUCACCCAUAAGAGCGGAGAGACGGAGGACAGGCAAGCAGUAGAAGAACAAGAAGAAGGACGAAAGUUCCCGAGCAGCUCGAAGAUGGACAAAUACUUUUCGGCGACCUACGACCCACGACUGGAUGUGAAUCUAGAGGACAUCACGGACCCGCAGACGGGGCUGAUCACGGGCGGAAACUACGAGGAUUGGGAGCAGAUCCUGGGCCAGAUGAAGGCCAAACGGGAGCUCAAAGCGCACGAGAAGGAGCACAAGUUGCGGCUCAAGCUCCAGGCCGCUCAGUCAAAGCUGAGGAAGGUCGAGAAACGGGAACAAAGGAAGGAGCGGAAGAGGAUCAAGAAGAUGGAGAAGAUGGACAAGGAAAAGAGGAGGAGGGAGAGGAACGAGGCAGAGGAGCAGGAGGUGGUGGAUCAAGAGUUGGAAGACCUGGAUCGAGAGAGGAAGAGACGCAAGAGGAAGGAGAAACGGAUGAUGAUCGACCAGUCAUCAUCUCUUACAAGGUCCAAUCACCGCCACCAACAACAACAGCAAGACGACGGGAAAGAUGAGAAAGAUCACCGGAAGAAGACGAAGAAGCGGAAGCACAAAGCCCACUCGGACUCGGACUCGGACUCUUCUUCCUCUUCUUCUUCUUCGUCCUCCUCCUUUUCCGACGACGACGACAAUCGCCACUCUCAUGAUAGAUCCGCUCUUCAUAAGAAGGAUAAGCUUUCUGGGGUCGGACUCAUCGGGUUUAAUCGCUACUCUAAACCCGGCCAACUUCGUGAAUGGGAUCUUGGGAAACCCUGUCCUACUUGAUUCUCGUCCUCUCUCCCUCUCCCUCUCCCUCUCUCUUGUUUGUUUGUUUCUGUGACUCGUUAUAUAUCAACUUGAUGUACAUUUUUCUUGUAAAAUAAACACAGCUUCUUGCUUUAUCUUCAUUUCUUCUCGGUAUAAAUGCUGGAUUGAUUUGACUUUCUUGAGAUUAUCAUUCACAUCCCCAAUGAUUUUUUUUUUUU